UGUUUUUUGACUCCGUUCAGAAGGACUCAGUUUUACAGUCACUUUACCUGUUUUCUCCACUCUGAUUAGCCUAUCAAACCUCCGCCCGUGAUCCUAAAGCUUGACAAUUAUCUUAAAUCACCUGUGCAAUUUAGCACAUUAGUAGCAUGGGGAUCAGGGGCCUCUUAUCAUUCAUCCUAGAGGCCAGGGACCAGUGUGUGAACUAUCAAGACUUGGUGAACAUUGCACGGGAGCGCAAUGGAAUAGAAAUCUUGGUGGACUACUAUUCAUUUCAGCAGUACCUCGUUGAAAGGUUCUGGCAGGGAAUGGAGAAACAUUGUACAAAUGAAUUCCUGAAACUCUAUGGUGGAGAAUAUAAAUCGCUGGAUAGAUUUGUCACUAAACUUGUUACUGAUCUGAAAUCUCUGGAUAUACACUUAGUGAUGUAUGUUGAUGGUGCUAAGGGAAGCUCUAGAAGUGCAACUGAACAAAAAUUUGAAACCUGGAAAAGUAGACAUAGAAAUGAUAUUGAGAGGAUGCAUUAUCUGAUAGACGUUUGUAAUGGGCGUCGUCAGAUUCAGGAUCUGCCUGAUAGAACUAACAUACGACCAGUUUGUCAAGAGAUACAAAUGUAUGAUACUUUAAAACAAUGUGGUGUGGAGAUUGUACAAUGUACUUAUGGCGAGGCUGAUUUUGUGAUAGCAAGAGCUCUUCAAGUGAGACCCAAAGCUUAUGUAGUUCUGAGUAAUGACACAGAUUUUGCUUUGAUGAGGGACUGUAUGUUUAUACCAUAUGAGCUGUUUGAUGUGCAUGGUGAUCUAACACUGGGAGAAGGUGCUUAUACAGAAAAGCCUAUCAGGCUAGAAGUUGGAGUUGUAUCUACCACGAGUGUAGGCCCAGCUCUGCGUCUUGGUACUGACCAUAGUGCCCUGGUUGAGUUCAGCAUUAUAGCAGGCAAUGACUUCACCAGUCACUUCACUCGAUCUCUGGUCCAUCAGAUAGGGCUUAAUAGGCACCCCAAGGUUCUGGAUUAUGCUCAGUGGAUUGUUAAACACAGAAAUGUACAAAACCACCCAGCAGUUGCCAAACUUAUGCAAAAUAGUCGAGCAUUUUCUGAUGCUGUGAAAAGAACACGUCAAUUCUACACACUCAACUUCCAUGAGGAGAUCCCACCAAGUAGUGAACAAACCAGCCAUAUUGAUGAACACAUCAAGAAUGGGAACUUUCCACCUGCCAUCAUGGCCAUGCAUUGUUGUUUCUACUGGCACAGGCAAUUACUUGAGGAUUGCUCUAGGGGUCACCCCACUGUGGAAAUUGCUCUCUCUGGCUUCAGGGAAUUCCUAUACAGGCUGUUGUUGGAGAGAAACAUGCAGUUCUCUAUGGAGCAUGGUCGAACACCAAUGACAGAGUUUGCCUCUGCCAAAGUGUUCAAGUCAAGGGCUCCAGGUAUUCCCCUUGUUCACCAUGUCUCUCCAGACAAGGUCUUCUCAAGUUUAAAGCUGUUCCAUAGGAUUCUAACAUCUCUUGAACCACCAGAUUACAACAUUGAUUUCUUCCAUCGAUAUGGGAGAAAGAAUGGAUUUGUGUGCUACGUAUUGAGAUACUUUCUCAUGCUGAAUGUUGGCCGAAAUCUCAAUGUGACAUUUGAUGAACUCUUAGCACUGAUAGCCAUGACUUUCUCCCGCGGGAGAUAUGAAGACACCUACCAAUGUAUAGCAGUUAGGCCCAGCAUUAGGGCUAUCACUCUUGGAAACUGGUUCCAGGAUAUCUACAGACACGCCUAUGAUUUCCUAGCCAAGGUGCUAUUUCUGUCCCAUGAAUUCUGCAAGCCAAGAGAGAUCUUUUCAGGCUCCACAUGGUUGGCAUUCUACACAGUCACAUGUACUCCCAACUCAGGUGGUUUGACACAUGAGAAGGUCCACACAGUUAGGAAUGACUACAAAUUUCAGCUGAAGGACAAACAACACAUGAUCAAGUUCAUCAUGCAAGGGGUCUUUGACUUUAACUUUAGAAUGUAACAAGUUAAUUGUUCACAGCUAGAGGAUUAUUAGGGACUAGAGGAUUGUUAUGUAAAGAUGCAAUGUGCUAUAAGUUGAGAGUUUAAAUCUGGUCCAAAUUUCUGGACAUACUGGUUGUAAGAGAAAUACACUUUAGCUUAUUUACAGGGUGGGCCAAAAAACCAUCCACAUUUUUAUUUUUGUAAUAUAUUUUCUGAUAAAUAAAGAAUAUCCAUAAAUUAUAUAACACUAGAAAGAUAAUUUAAUUGCC